AUGGCGACCGGUCUCUUCGCCUCCUUACCCAAGCCCAAAUAUACUGGCGAGCACGAAGAAGUGCCCAUUCAUGCGCAAGCGAAAGGUCCUCGAAUUGUCGGUCCUGGAGUUAUCGAUGAAUCUCAAAUCGUCCUAAAGCGUGCUGGUCCUCCUCCAUACGGACAGCGAUCAGGAUGGAGACCUCGAAACGCCGAAGACUUUGGCGAUGGAGGCGCCUUUCCGGAAAUUCCUGUCGCACAAUAUCCUCUCGACAUGGGACGAAAAGGAACAGCCUCAACCUCGAACGCACUCGCUAUCCAGGUUGAUGCAGAAGGCAAAGUGAAGUACGAUGCUAUCGCCAGACAAGGCCACAGCGAAAACCGAAUCAUACAUUCCAGUUUCAAGGAUUUAAUACCGCUUCGACAGCGCGCCGAUGCCGGUGACCUGAGCCUAGACAGACCAAGUCAGGAGGAAGUAGAAGCUACUGCGGAGAAGACGAAGUUGGCCCUUGAAAAACUGGUUUCUGGUGCGGUGGCCGCACAGAAGCCCAAGAAUGUCAAAGGCGUCAACCGAGAAGAGCCUACGUUUGUGCGAUACACCCCUGCAAACCAGAUGGGAGAUACCUCGAAGAAGAACGAUCGGAUAUUCAAGAUCGUUAAGCGACAGGAAGAUCCUAUGGAGCCUCCCAAGUUCAAACACAAGAAGAUCCCUCGCGGACCACCCAGCCCUCCUCCGCCAGUCAUGCACUCGCCUCCUCGUAAAUUAACAGCGGAAGAUCAGGAAGCAUGGAAGAUUCCGCCUACAGUCUCCAACUGGAAGAAUCCCAAGGGUUUUACUGUUGCUCUGGACAAGCGGUUGGCUGCACAAGGACGUGGCCUAGAAGAUGUGACCAUCAACGACAAGUUCGCACAGUUCGCAGAAGCUCUAUUUACGGCUGACCGACAUGCUCGUGAAGAGGUCAAACUCCGCGGACAGAUGCAACAGAAACUUGCAGAGAAAGAGAAGUUGGCCAAGGAGGAGCAUCUCCGGGAGAUGGCACGCAAAGCGAGAGAGGAGAGGCAGGCUGCUGCUGGUGGCAGAAGAGAUUCGGAUUCAAGACGGCGGUCGCGGUCAGAUUCUGGUUCGUCUUACGAUUCGAGGUCAGGUAGCGAGGAAGAGGCGACCAAAGAGCGAGAGCGGGCACGACAAGAACGAAGACAAGAGAACGAACGACAACUCCGACAAAGCAGGAUGGGUACGGAAAAACGGAUUCAGAUGAUGGCUCGAGAACAGAAUCGUGAUAUAUCUGAGAAGGUAGCCCUCGGUCUGGCAAAACCGACCCAAAACAAGGAGACGAUGUAUGACUCGCGGCUGUUCAACCAGACAUCGGGCUUCGAUACGGGAUUUAACGAGGACCAACACUAUGAUAAGCCUCUCUUUGCCGCGCAUGACGCGAUCAACAGCAUAUACCGGCCUACAGCGAACCAGGACGAGGAUGAUGAAGGUGAUGCGGAUGAAGCAAUGGGCAAGAUCCAGAAAUCCAGCCGUUUCGAAACCCUCGGCAGAGCUAAGGAGGGGUUUAAAGGUGCUGAUGUCGCCGAACGAGAGGCAGGACCUGUACAGUUUGAGAAGGACAAAGAUGAUCCGUUCGGUAUUGAUACUUUGAUCGGAGAGGCUUCAGGCAGGAGUGGUGGUGAAAGUAAGAAGAGGUAUGGUUUGGAAGAAGCGGGAUCUGAUGAUAGGGGUAAGAAGAGGGCUCGGGUUGAUGUUGACUGAUUUCCAUCAGGCCUGAAAGAGAUAACUCGAGGCAACCAAUCAUGUUCCGCCACGCCUGGCCGCCUUGCAUACACAGACCUAUGCGAAUGGUCAAGGUCUAUUGUCACUCGAUUGAUGCCCGAAAUGCUCGGUCACACAAAUCAAUUCACUUGGUUUUGGCGAAUUUUGCAGCUCGAA